AUGUCCGAAAAGGAGAUCGAGGCGGAAAACAACCUCCAUCUACAGAAAUACCACAACUACUGGAACAAAUCCACCUCCCCCCCAGAAGAGCAAAAAGCCACCGAUGACGCAUACCGGCAAGCCUUUGAGCGAUUCCCGGAAAUAUACCAUUCAAUCGGAUGGUCCGACAACGAGGACAUCGUCUUCAACGCCGAAAAUCUAGCCGCCCAUCGGGAGCUUCUCAUCGAAGCGAUCUUCACCAUGGAGGUCCAGCGAAUGGACUUCCUUGAUAGCGAUGGCGGACGAGAGAAAUCGCGAGCCCUAUUCGAAUACUCACGAUUGCCCCGAUUGCUCACAAUCCUGACUCGACUCGAAAACCGACGGUAUGAUUGCGUAGAAUGCCGCGACGGGCAAUGCGUCGACUGGCGAGUAUACAACGCAGACACAAUCCUGAAGGUGUUAAUCCAAGCCGGACGUGCAUCCCAGAAAGCCAAACUCACAGACGGGUUGAACAACACAAGCCUAGAGGACCUCUUAAAGCAAUGCUACGCCCGCCGAAUCCUCUCCCAGGACGAGCUGAAAUCGCCCGUCCACCUCCUAUACCAAUUCCACCUGAUAUACGACUGUCUCGCCGCCCUAGUCCUCACAACACGAUACAUGGAAUUGCGCGACCCGCUAACCUACACCUUCUACCUGCGAUAUAAAUCCCUCCCCAUCCACCAGAUCUUCCAAAUGGUCCAAUCCCAUUACAAACUCACGGACGGACAGGACGAUUUCCCACCCUUUCCGCUGGAAGAGUCGCCCGCUCCCUCCUUCUCCCCCGCACAAUUCAACCUCUCCUACCUCCAAGACUUCGGCGACCUCGCCAUCGAAUGGACAGACAGCCUCUCCGAACACCUCACGAUCUUCACCGGCCCCCACCGAAACGCCCUGCGCGUCUUCGCCCACCCCACAUACCUCUACAACGGCCACGAUCUCCUCCACUCAGAACACGAUUACUUUCAACCAACCUUCAUCGACCUCCCGCAAGCUCCAAUCCCUUCUCCCAAACCCAACCCCAAACCCAAUCCCCACCGCACCCCCUUCAAUCAGAUCCUCUCCUCCCCCUUCCUCACCCGCCUCUCCCUCCCCCCCACCCUGCAAACCACAUUCAACCUCUCCCACCCAUCCACCACAAUCAAACCCCUCGGCCCCUGCCACCAAACGAAAAUCACCUCCGCGCCCAUGCGCGACAUCCUGUCCCUGCACCCGUACUAUCCCGAAGACAUACGGUUCAUGAUGCGGGCGGUGUUCGAGCACGAUCUGUCCAUGCAGGAUCAGCCGUUCAUCCGGUUUGCGUAUUUCGGGCCCAGGCUGAGGAUGAUCAAGACGUUUUUGGAUAGCAAGAGGCCGAGCACGUUGAGGCAGGUGUGGGUGGAUCGGAGGGAUGCGAGGGAGUGGUGGCGUUUCUGGGGGAGUGUGUUGUUUAUGUUGAUGGUGGGUAUGGGGGUUUGGGGUGUGGUGGUUGCGGUUGCGGUUGCGGUUGCGGUUUAUCGGAUUUAG